UGCAGAGAGGAGCGAGCUCAGCGCGGCGUUCCGGGUCGCGGCAGCCGGGUCUUUAAGCCCUGAGCACAGCAGCGGUGGCCCGGCGCGCAGAGGGCGCUCGGUCUGCAAAGAGUUCCCGCGGGCGCGGCGGCCAUCCCCUUCGGGGGCCUUCGGUGCCUGCGCCGCGUCAGGCAGCACGCCGGGCAGCCCGGGACCAUGGUGGCGGCAGCGGCGGUGGCUGUAGCGGCGGUGGGAGCGCGUAGCGCGGGGCGGUGGCUGGCGGCGCUGCGCAGCCCGGGCGCGAGCAGGGCGGCCAUGUCUUCAGAUGCACAGUGGUUGACGGCAGAGGAGAGGGACCAACUUAUUCCUGGCUUGAAAGCAGCAGGGUGGUCGGAACUGAGUGAGAGAGAUGCCAUCUACAAAGAGUUCUCCUUCAAAAAUUUCAAUCAGCUGCACUCUCUACUUCCCGCCCCCUUCUGGCCCGCAGCCCUUGAACAUUUCCUCAGACUCUGGCCUCCGCCUUGGAGACUGCCUUCACAGGCGUUUGGCUUUAUGUCCAGGGUUGCCCUGCAAGCAGAGAAGAUGAAUCACCACCCGGAAUGGUUCAACGUCUACAACAAAGUCCAGAUAACCCUCACCUCGCAUGACUGUGGCGGCCUGACCAAGCGGGAUGUGAAGUUGGCCCAGUUCAUUGAAAAAGCUGCUGCAUCUCUGUGAUCUGCGCCUGCCUUGUCUGCAGCGUUGUUUGCAAGCCACUUAUGUUAAUAAAUUGUCAUAAAGUAGUUCAUAGUUACAUGUAUACAUUGUUGUAUGAUUGAUGCUCAAAUACAGAAUGAUUUGAAGCCAA